AUGAGCGAAGAGUUUGUACUGUAUGCUCUCCUAAUGGGAGUGUUUCUCAGCUAUGUUCUCUUCUUCCCAUAUGAGCCCGCCAACGGGACGUCUGAGAAGACAAAUCUAGAGAUGGACGUCCUCGAGGACCCGGUCGUUCCCUUGAGAAAUUCCACCCUCGCCAUGCGAACCGCGAGACGCGGAACACGGACCCUGAAGAACCUCUGGCGGCUCAACAACCCCUUCGUGUCCGACUCGGUCGAAAUGCAGGCUUCCUACCGACGAGCCACAUACGAGGCCACCGCCAAGGUCGACGACAGGGCAUGGGGAGGUAUCGCUCGCGCCGUUGCCACCGCCAUCCGACCGCUCCUCUCCAUACGUACCGCGCCCGACGACGUCUGCACAGUCACCGCCGACCUGCGACAUAUCAGCCUCAACACCUCACUCGCAGCCGUGCUGAAAGCGCUCUUCGACAUGGAGGACAUCCCGCACGAGACGCUCAGCUACCUCGGAUCCGAGAUUCACCGCGUCACCAUGGAUGGCAAACGACACUGCAUGACCGCCGCGGACCCGCAUGAAAUCCCCGCGGACCUGCGCCGUGCCGCAGACAGCGUAAUUCAGUGUCUCCAGCGCCUAUUCACCAAUGGGAGAGUAUCCACCGAGCUCGCCCAGACACUCCUGUACUCCAUCUCCGGGACCCCCGACGACUUCAACCCCCUGAACCUGCUCCUCCCGGCCUUCGAGGCCCCCUGGCGCACGACCUUAUACACGCUCCUGGCAAUCCUCCAGCCCGGCCCCAGCAAACCAGAGCACCUUCUCGCUCUGCGAGACUGCCCAGCAGUCCGUCCUCCUGAUCCCAAAGCCCUAGCCAUCGCGUACGAAUCCCUACGCCUCUACCCGCCUAUCCGCCGCAUCAGCCGCGUCAGCCAGAAAACCACCUCCAUCGACAUCGAGGCCAUCCAGCGCGACCCUGCGCGAUGGGGCCCGUCCGCCCUCCGCUUCGACCCGGGCCGGUUCCUCACCCCCGACGGCCAGAUCCGAUCGUGUCUACUCGGUCCGCAGCAGUCCGCUUGGAUUCCGUUUGCCGUGGGGACGAUGAAGUGUCCGUCUGCGAGGGCGUUCUCGACACGCAUGAUGGUUGUGGUCGUGGGUGAGAUCCUUCGGCAUUUGUUUCCCGUGGAGUGCAGCCCCGACUGGGAGAUGGAGGGCGCGGCGUGGGAUUUUCCGGCGAGAGCCGGGGAGACUUUGCGCGCUGGUCGGGAGGAGUAUCAGGGGGUGUGUGUUGUUUCGAGGUACAGGUGA